AUACCUCAGAGCGGAAGAAUGGCUACAGCUGCUGCCGCCUCCUCAGGGACCCUUCCCAACGUGCAGGGGGAGAAAGACGCGCCUCCAGGUCUCUUGCCCUGGGUAGAAAAAUAUCGUCCAGUCACACUGAAUGAUGUGGUAGGCAACACGGAAGCCAUCGACCGCCUGAAGGUGGUGGCUCAAGACGGGAACAUGCCUCACAUGCUGCUUGCGGGCCCUCCGGUGCGUCUCGUAGCUAGGAUCACGACCUUCUCCUCUUCUUCUCACAUCCUCUCGGCUUCCCUCCCUCCUCUCCAGGGCACUGGGAAAACCUCCUCCAUCGUGUGCCUGUCCCGCGAGUUGCUGGGCGAGGAGCAUUUGGGUGCGUCCUCUUUGCUCUCCCUACCCUACUCUCGCCCUUGCAAGGUCUUCACGCCGGCCUUCCCCUUUUCUUUCGUCCUCCCACUGGCCAUUUCCACAGGAGCGGCGGUGCUGGAGCUGAACGCCUCGGACGAGCGAGGCAUCGACGUGAUCCGUUCCCGGAUCAAGAUGUUCGCGCAAAAAAAGGUCGUCCUCCCUCCCGGUAGACAUAAGGUAGUGAUCCUGGACGAGGCAGACUCCAUGACAAGUGCCGCCCAGCAGGCGUUGCGGCGCACUAUGGAGAUCUACUCGCAUACGACCCGCUUUGCUCUCGCCUGCAACACCAGUAGCAAGAUCAUCGAGCCCAUCCAGUCACGCUGCGCCAUACUCCGCUUCUCCCGCUUGGCCGACGAGAUUCUCUCUCUGCCUGUCAGUCUAGUCAAGUCCAGCGCACGUACCUCGCGUGGGAAGCGGGUCGACUCCCUUCCCUCCCGCUCAUCGCCUGCUUUCCCUGCCUCCCCCUCUCCUUCUAUCGCACAGGAAAUCCUGGAUCGCCUCCGCCAGAUAUGUGAGGCCGAGCACGUCGGCUUCUCCGAUGAUGGACUUGAAGCAGUCAUCUUCACGGCGGAGGGUGACAUGCGCAAUGCCAUAAACAACCUGCAGAGCACUUAUAGCGGCUUCGGCUACGUCAACCAGGCGAACGUCUUCAAAGUGUGCGAUCAGCCCCACCCGCUCCUCAUGAAGGAGGUCCUCGACCUCUGUGCGGGCUCCGGAGACCUCAAGGCGGCGCAGGAGAAGCUGUUGCGGGUAUGGAACCUGGGCUACAGCGCAUCGGACAUUGUCGGAACGCUGUUUAAGGUCUGCCGGAAUCACGGGACGAUGAACGAGGGCACCAAACUUAAUUUUAUCCGGGAGAUCGGCAUGGUCCACAUGCGCAUUGCGGAAGGUCUCAACUCACGCACACAAAUACUGGGCUUAUUGGCCAAGCUCUGCGCCCUACAGCACAAGCAGCAGCAGCAGCAUGAGAAUGGAAAGGGGCAAAGCAAUUGAGAAGAGGACGUGGGCCAUGAAACGACUGGGGGUCAGCGUAUGGAAGGGCUAGGAUGCCGGCGAAAGAAUGCUCUCAACCAAUGACAAAA